GAGUCGGCGCGGUGUACUGUAUAACAAAUGAGUCAAUUUACAACAAAUUGUCAAACUUUCAGGUUUUUAAAAAAUUAUGCAUUUUAAAGUGUUUCUCGAACAGUUGGUUAGGCAAAAUGUAUUUGUUGUGAAGGCAUACGACUCACCUCCGCCUUCAGCUCCAUCGGCGCUGGGCAACUCAACCCGUGUGAAUCUCGAUUUAAAGCGGAUAGAUAGAUAAAGGGUCCAGCCAGCCUGCAAGAGCAAUAUCGCCGUUGAACCUAUUUGACUGCUUUAUGUCUUUACCAUUCAACGCUUGUCGUGGCUGCCCCGACGCCUAAAUCGGGGCUUGUCUUUUUCACGGAAGACAGGACCUCGAGAGAGAUCUUAAACCAGACGACCAUGAUGGUGAUGAUGCAUAGGUGGAAUUAUCACCCCGGUGUCUGACUGCGAUGGAGCCGAGCGCGCUCGAGUGGAGCUCCUUGCUAGCUCUCUAGCGAGCUAGCUGGCUAACGGUGCCCGCCGGGACUCACUCAAGCAGCCCUGUAGAACGUCGCCUCGAUGGGUGUGAUUGCGGUUUGUUGCGACUUCACCAGACCAAUUGAGCGAUGUCCCCAGUUUUGACCAAAACACGGACCAUAUGUGCUGGAAAAUGUGCUAAGUUAUUGGUUUAGGUUUUUCCUGCACAUGACGGCGUUCGCCUGCUUUCAACACAUUCGCUUUUUUCUACAUCAUUAAUGCUUUUUGGAUGCUUCUGUGACAUUACUUCGACAGUGUGGAUCACGAUGGCCCAGCUGUUGGACGGGGCCGGCAAACUGGGCUGGACUCUGCUGAAAGCUGUGCUCCGUUUUGUGUUUAUGUUCAUCAACAACUGUGUAGCCAUCCCGUCCUACUGCCUGUACCUGCUCGUGCUGCAGCCGCUGAGAAUAUGGCACAGCUCCACAUUCUGGCACCUCGAGGGUGUCAUGUUUAAAUGGCUGCUGGCCAUGGUGUCGUCGUGGGGCUGGAUCGCAGGCUACACAGUAACAGAGUGGGGUGACGACGUGCGGCCCAUCUCUGAAGAUGAAGCCAUGGUCAUUGUCAACCAUCAAUCCACGGGAGAUGUUUGCACCCUUAUGAUGUGCCUGCAAGACAAGGGCAUGGUUGUACGAAAAAUGAUGUGGUUGAUGGACCAUGUGUUCAAAUACACAAACUUUGGCCUCGUGUCCCUCAUACACGGCGACUUCUUCAUCAGACAGGGUAAAGCCCACCGAGACAAGCAGCUGGUCUACUUGAAGGAUCACUUAGAUAAAUAUUACCACAGUCGUGACAGGAAGUGGAUAGUGCUGUUCCCCGAGGGUGGCUUCCUUCGCAAGCGGAGGGAAACCAGCCAGAUCUUUGCCAAAAAGCAUUCGCUACCCCACCUGACCCACGUGACGCUGCCUCGCCUCGGCGCCACCCACGUCAUCCUGAAAACUCUGUCGGCCCAGCACGAGAAUGGCAGUGUGGCCAAUGAGAGCGGGACACCCAAUCAGACAGGUAAAAAGCGCAAAGGCCUGCAGUGGGUGAUAGACGUGACCAUAGCUUAUCCCAAAGCCCGGCCCAUGGACAUCCAGACAUGGAUUUUUGGAUACAGGUCGGCAACAGUCACACAUGUCCACUACAGGAUGUACCCAAUUAAAGAGGUUCCUGUAGAGGAACAGGCUCUGACGGACUGGCUGUAUCAGAGGUUUGUGGAGAAAGAGGACUUACUGGCCCACUUCUAUGACACAGGAGCGUUCCCGCCCCCCGAGGGACAGAAGGAAGCAAUCUCUCGGCAAAUGACCCUGGACCCCGUGUGGCUCUGCGUCAUCCAGUCCUUCGCGUUCGUCUCCGGCUUCAUGUGGUACAGCCUCUUGCGGCACCUCUACUGCGGUAUGUUUUGAGUACGCUGACGAGGCGAGCAGCAAGAAGCGCCUCUGGAACCGCCGCUGUCAUGCGAUGGAUGACUGUACAUUAGCAAUUAACGUGGCGAGACUCGAGACAGGGCAGGGUGGUGAAAAAAAAAAAAAUGUAUACAACGUGUAGACAAACAGAAUUCCAGCCCUGACACGACACAUGAUCUUUCACAUCGCGGCUCUCAUGUUGAUGUUUACACAUAGGCCCAUGCAUUCAAGAGGCUCAGGACAAAGGACCGCUGUCGUUUCAUGGAGUGUGUAUGGACGUGUGCGUCUGUGAAUACUGUGAGCGUAGAAGCAUCAAGUCCGCCCUUUAGCCUGCCCUCUUUCCGACGCCAGGUGGACGUCUCGAAGCAGCCGUGUGGAUACUCUGCUCCUCUCCCCCUUGGCCCACAUUGCACUAAAGAUCCAAACUGCUCCCUGUCCCAGGAUAUAUUCCUGAAUGGUAGCUGCCUAUAUAUGUGUGGGGGUGGGGGUGGGGUUCCCUUUUUAGUCUGCGCAUCUCCACGACAGCCAGUACAUUUAUCUUUUUGUUGUCAUCUGGACUGUUUACACUGGCGAACCCGCUUCCAAGUUCAACGCUGUCAAAUUAGAGUGGAAACAUACGGAUCACUCGAAAAGCAACUCGUGUGUGUUUAUGCGUGUCUGCCAGCGUAUCAUCGCAACAAGAUGGGCUGAGAAGGGUUUUGUUUUGUUUUUUUCCCUUUCCACCUGUUCAGCAAACGGCAUAGUUUCACAGUUAUUUAAGCCAUAUGCUCAGUGUCGUCCAUAAACACAAGGGAACGUAAUUGUGCUGAAUGCUUUCCACAGCAUCUCCAAAAAAAAUAAAACCGUUCACGUUGGCUUUAAAAAGUGUAGGCAUUGAUACAGUAGGAAGAAGUGAUAAAGUGUGGGUGCCCCCGUCCCCUCUUUUUUUUUUUUUAAUAAUUGUUCCCCCUUGAUUGAUGUGCUUCAUGUGUUGUUACUGUGUGACAUCAGAAGGUGGAGACAAUUCAUAAAAUAUUUCAUUUUAAAGACACAAAAUCCUUUGUACAUAACAAACCUCGAAAAGCAUUGUUUGUCCCCCGUCUGUGAAUCAUUCAGAUUUUAUUUUUUUGUUUUUUAAACAUAAUUUUGUGUUUACUUCUCAUUGGUACAACAUUUAUUUUCCUUUUCGGCAACGCUACCCAAGCCUGGUCAUCCAAAACCUGUUUGGUCCAAUGUAAACCCUCUUUUUGUUCAAAGCUUUUGCUGGCACCUUAGGACAGAGUUUCCCAAAACGUUGUCAGCUCUAGCCUUGAAUUUUGUUCUUUUUGGAAACCAAAAUGGACUUAAAAUAUAUCAUAUAUUGUGAAUUACCCACAUAAAACCAAUGAUAAAGAUCACAACACACAUGGAUCUAUUACAAGAGGCACCCAUUGGCAAGAAAUGGUGAGCAGAUUGAAUUUUUAAGUGACAAUCUGUAGCCCAAAUAAAAUAGACACCGACACAAUUUUUGGGAAACCCUGCCAAGACUACAUUCCCCAUUAGUCCCGUUUUCCUAUGGAUGAAAAGAUUUGUUUGGACAACUCGUUCCAAAGGGGUCCAGCUGAAAUUGGGCCAACAGAGGCACGGGCCAUGCCAUGUCAAAAAUGUUCUUUUAGGUUGUUUUUGUUUGGGGGGGGGUUGCUUUAGUUUGGAGUAUUACGGCUGUGCAGCAUUUAUUGUUGGCAUAAAAAAAUUAUUUUAGUUAUUGUUGGCCCUCGUUCUUUGUCAGUGUUGGCAGAAAGUGUGUUGAAAAAAAAAAAGAAAGCGCUACCUAUCUUGACUGGUAAAGCAUUUCAAAAUCUGUCAUUCACUGGCCCUGAAAAGAUUUUUUUUUCUCAACCGUGUUUCCAAUGAAGAGAGGGAAAGUGAUGUUUUCCGCAAUGUGGUUUUAGGAAGUAAACACAAUAGGGAUUAAAACAAAUGAUACUAGAAUUGUCUGUAAUUUCCCAUUUUGUACUUCUCCUUUAAAUUGCUAGUUACACAGCCAUUUUACAACACAGAACUUCUGUUGGAAUAAAAUAUCAAAGAUCGUAAA